CACGUUUCAAAAGACUACAAAUUAGGAGCUACCAAGGCAGUCUAGUAAACAUGGCCUGACGCAAGUGACAAGCAAGGAAGCCAGAAGGCAGCGUCGCUGGGGUUCUAGGAGCGAGUGGCAGAAAUGCUGGAGCUGGUGGCGCAGUCCGUUUCGCAGCGGGGCAGCUCCGGCUCCUCGCGGCGCACGGGCGCCGGCGACCUGCUGGGCGAGUUCGGGCUGACUCGCUUCUACGACCUGGUCAUGCGGCAGCCAGUGGCCGACAAGAACUACAUCACCAUCUCCACACGCGAGGUGCCCACCGGCCUGCCGGGCGACACCAGUCUAUUCAUGGACCCGGCCUGGAGCCUGCUGCGGCCGCCGCGCCACCCCAGCGCGCCCACCGAGCCCACCGAGCGAGUGGCGGAGCGGCUGCGUCGCGGCUUCCGCUUCGCGCCGGGGGCGGCGGUGCUGGCGCCGGCGGACAAAGGCGUGGACGUGACACGUGUGUUCAUGAGGAACGUGUCUGCGGCCGGAGGCGCGCCGCCGCGGCCGGCGGCCGUCGGCGGCGGCGGCGCGUCCUCGGGCGGCGGCGCUGGUGGCGGCGGCAGUAGCAUGGGUGCGCCUGUGAGCAAGCGCGGGCGUGUGGCGGCGGGUGCCGCCAGUCCGGACCACGGCCACACGCACAGCCAGGCGGCCAGUGGCGACACGGCCACCUACUCACACGACUCCAAGCGGCAACGGAGCAACUACUAGCGGAGCCGCGGUUGGAGCUGAAGCUGGAGGUGCCAGCCGAAGGCGUCUGGCUGCAGGGCAGGUGGUCUGGUGCGGUCUGGCGUGGUCUGGUGUGGCCUGGUGGUCUGUUGGCGGGCGAGUAGGGUGCUGCGGGUCCGGGGAAACGCCCGAAGCCCGCGUGGAGGGCCGUUGCGGUGGCGCUGCGCCCACGUGCCACGUGCCAUGUGAGGGCCGCCGUGGGUGCGUCAGGCCCGGCACGUCUCCGGCGCCCGGCGUGGGGAACCUGCGUGCGGCCUCUGGAAUGAACGAAGAUGCGAACGUGUACAUUGUUGUAUGGCCGUAUGGGAGUGUGUUGGUGGAUUGUGGUUGGUGGUGGGAUCCAGCACGCGGAGCUGGGGACAUACCAAGGAAUGGAGUGAGCGGCUGGCGGGCCCGAGCCUCCGGAAGGUUCCCAAGUCCACGACGAUGCUGAUGCAUUUGGGUGAGGGAGGGACGAGCCGUGACAACGGCAGGACGCCAGGUGGUAUGGCUGCUUGGCAAGGCGUAGGUACCCCGUGUGCUGAAUAGCACAAGGUGUGGCAAGGCGUAGCUACCCCGUGGUUCAGAGAGCAGGAGGCGUGUGUGAGUGUGAGAAGGUCAAGCAGAUGGUGGUGGUGGAGAUGAAGGAGGCGUCGGAGGCGGCGCACCGAUGGAAGCCCGCCUGUAUAUCCCCUGUCUUCUGGUUUUGAAGCGAGACACGGGCAGGCACAACAAGUGCGGCAGUGCCUGAGGCUGGGCGGGCAGCCGCUGCUGCUGCUAGGUGAUGCAUGCCCUUUACCUAAUGCAAGGAUAAUUGAUGGGUCCGAUGCGCGUUUUAUGCCGCAAUCUUGUGUAACAGUUACACAGC